AUGUCGCAUCCUCAAGAGAAAGAAAAGGCUCUCAAGACCUUUGUCGUUGGCGAAAGCGGCCUCGAUGCGCCUCUUGGCCUGAGUACGCAGGAAACAAAUGGUCAGGGAGUCGAAGAACCGAAGCGGACUUGGAGAUCAUACAUCUGGUCAUCGCUCGAUGUCUCCAAGGAAGAAGCCCGCUUCUUAACCAAGCUUGAUUUGACCUUGAUUUCCGCCUCAGCGCUUGGAGUUAUGUGUCGUUACCUUGAUCAAGUCAACAUCACCAAUGCUUUCAACAGUGGUAUGAAGGAGGAUCUAGAGCUAUACGGUCGCGAGCUCAACUACGCAAACGCUAUUUGGAGUGCAGCAUACGUCUUUGGUCAAAUUCCUUCAAACUUGCUACUUACCAGAGUUAAUGCCCCUCUUUACAUCGCCUUUAUCGAGCUGUCGUGGACAAUCUUCACCUUUGCCACAGCUGGUGUUCAGAACGUUAAUCAGCUCUACGUUUUCCGAUUCUUUGUUGGUCUAUUUGAGGCCGGCCACUUCCCAGCGGUCAUGUACGUAUGCUCGAGCUACUACAAACCCCACGAGCUGGCCCGACGGAACACAUUGAUCCAAAUCUCGACUGGUAUCGGACCUCUCUUUUCCGGUUUCCUGAUGGCAGCAGUAUUUGCUGGCCUCGAUGGAGUGCACGGUCUUGCUGGGUGGCGAUGGAUGUUCAUAAUUUGCGGCUGCAUCUCCUUCCCUUGUGCUGUCUGGACUGCUUUUGCCAUUCCUCAACUUCCUGCUCGAGCGAAACCCAACUGGAUUUUCACACAGGCUGAAAUCGACCUAGCCAGGGCGAGAAUGCCCAGUGAACAUAAGCUUCUGACUGGUCUAUUCAAGUGGAAAGACAUCAAGAGAUGGCACACGACUUGGCAUGCUUUCCUCUUUCCAUUACUCUUUGCAUUCAUGGCCCAAUUUGGCCAGUCCGGACAGUCAAUGAUUUUCUGGGUCAAAAGCUAUAACGUCAAAGGACAGCCACUUGUCUUUUCCGUCCCAGAGAUCAACAUCAUCCCCCUUGGCAUCAAUGUGAUCACAAUUGUUUGCACACUGGUCAACGCGUGGAUAUCAGACAGCUUGCCUGGCUCUCUCCGGUGGCCUGGAAUCUUUUUUGCCUGCAUCAUGGCCAUCAUCUUUCCCACCGCCCUUGCUGCGACGCCGGUUCAUCCUCCAAAUAGAGGAUCGCGCUGGGCACUCUAUUAUCUCACUUCUCUAGCUGGAACAGCCGCAGGUAUUACUUGGACUUGGGUGAAUGAAGUGAAUAGACACGAUCAGGAAAAACGAGCAUAUGUUUCUGCCCUGGUUCGUGCUGACAUUUUGCUGGGAAUAAAGCCAUCUAGCUAACCUGCCUC